AUGAAUAAUAAGGCAGAACCAUCGACUGAGCGACACUCGACGACAUACUUUGGUAAUCGCAAGCGGGAGAAGAGAAUUGCUGUCACAAGACUGGCGUAUGAUCGUUUGCACGACGUAACUCCCUUCGAUCCGAGUAAACCGCGAUGUGAUCGCACGAAGCCACAUUUCAUUUGGGCGGAGAUACACGAGGAGAACAAACGUCACGUCGUGCCAAUGACUGCUAAUCACUGGUACGGUCGACCGAAUAGAGUCCAAAUCGAUUAUCCCGACGUGAAAUUUGCUCGAUCGAACAAAACUAGAGAGUUCUACAGUCGGCAUCUCAUCUUAUUUUGA